AGAUCCUAAUGAUGGGAUGCUGCCAAUUGCAAUUGCAGUUGUGAGGGUGGAGAACACAGAGACAUGGGACUAGUUUAUGACAAGGUUGUUAGAAGACAUUGGUUCCAAAGGGAAGAUCACUUUCAUAAGCGACAGACAGAAGGGGUUGGUACAUGUAUUAGAAGCAUUGGAAGGACAACAUGAGCAUAGAUUCUGUGUACGUCAUAUGUAUAACAACAUUAGCAAGAGAUUUCCUGGCAUUCAGUUGAAAGAAUUGAUGUGGAAGGCUGCCAGAGCCACAUAUAGGGAAGCAUGGGAAAGGGACAUGAAGGAGAUUGAAAAGGUUAAUCCUGGUGCAUAUGCAGAAUUGAAUGGAAUUGAUCCUAGAUUGUGGUGUAAGUCACAUUUUAGUGGUUAUGCCAAGUGCGAUACCUUGUUGAAUAAUAUGUCGGAGACCUUCAACUCAACCAUCCUGAAAUUCAGAGAGAAACCAAUAGCGACAAUGUUGGAUGAGAUCAAAGGAUACUUCAUGACAAGGUGGGCAGAGAAUAGGAUCAAGAUCAAUAGGUAUCAAGGUAAUGUUCUUCCAAAGAUAAAGAAGAAAUUAGAGAUUGAGCAUAAAAAAUGUGGGAAGUGGUUACCAAAAUGGGCAGGAGAUAUGAAAUUUGAGGUCAUUUGCAUGCAACAGAAGUUUGUGGUUGAUCUUGAUGCCAUUUAUUGUAGUUGCAGGAAAUGGGAUCUAACAGGAAUACCAUGUAGGCAUGCUGUUAGCUGCAUAUAUAGUAGAAGGAGGAAGAUUGAGGAGUUCGAGCCUGAUUGUUUCAAAAGGGAGGCAUUUAAUCUGUGCUAUUCAUAUCUGAUAUACCCAACAGAAGGGCCAGAGAGAUGGCCAAAAACACAACACGAUGAUAUUCUGCCCCCAUCUGUGCAGAAGGCUACUGGGAGGCCUAAAAAGAAGAGGAGAAGAGAAGCUGGUGAACUAUUGAAUGGGAAAGCUUCAAAGGUUGACAUGAAGAUGAGGUGCAACAAAUGUGGUGGUGAUAAGCUCAAUGCAAGGACAUGUAGUGUUGUUCAAGUUCUGACUCAAACUGUGAAUCCUAUUGCCGGUGUACCUCCAGUGAGAGUUAAUACUGCUGGAAAUAGUGUGAGUUCUAGUGUAACCGUACCUCCAAUGGCUCCAACUGGUGUUGCAAAUAAUGUGAGGCCUAGGGUAGGUACACAUACAUUGGCUGUUAUUGGUGCUAGAAAGAGUUUGAGGCCUAGGGUAGGUUUACCACCAGUGGCUGUUACUGGUGCAAAUAAUGUGAGGCCUAGAGGAGAUUUACCACCAGUGAGAGGAACUGCUGCUGCCACCAGUGUGAGGCCUAAUAGGCCACUUACCAGACAAGUUGCCGAACAGUGGAGGCCAUUUAGCACUAUUAGUGAUGAUGGUAAAACUGGAUACUUUGUGAGGCCCACUAGAAGGAGCAAUAUGCAACCUGCUGUACCAAAAAUUCCUGUUUUUAGGCCUCAGACAAGGUCAACCAAAUACUAUGGCCCUAACACUUACACCGUCAAAGAUCCAUGUACUGGGGCUGUAAGUGUUAUUCAAGGUCCAAGUUAUUCAGAAAAUAUGGUCUCUGCCGCAACAAAGCAGGCUUCUACUAUAGCAUAUGAGAAGGGCAACACUACUGGAUCGUCUUCGGGAUCCACAACUGGCACUGGAACUCAACAAUCUGUGAACAAGUGAGGAACUUUGCAGAUUUGAAUGGUCUUCGAAGCAGCUGUUGAAUUCAAUUCAUGUUAUUGUUAAUUGGGUUUGUAGUGACGUUUGUUAUGGUGUGUAAUGUUUGCACUAUUUCUACUUUUGAUGUUCUGUGCUACUAGAUCUCUUUACUUUUGCAAUCUGAAUUGCAAUGUAGUUUGUUUUAAAUAUACACUACAAAUUGUGCAUUGAUUUGCAUGUUGAAAGUUUAUGUGAACAGGGACAAAGCAGAACAUUCU